AUGGACGGCCCAUCUGAUACCCGUGACUCCACAAUGGAAGAGCACCACAUUGUCAAGGCCGAUGAGAUCGACCAAACUGGGACUGAUAUCUCGCCCGUCUCAGAUGAUCAGCUCAUGGAGGAGGUGGCUGAGGGGCUUCGCCAGGAACAGGCGUCUCAGGCCGCACCCACCGCAGAGAUGACGCCGUCUGCACCCGAAAAGCCCACGAAAAGGCCAGAACUCCGCCGUGAGAGCUCUGCUCCUCCGCCACCUUUGCAGCCACCACCUCCGGCUCCGGUUCAGGAGAACCCAGGCCAGCCCACGGACUCAUUGAGUCUAUCCCAGCUGCGCAGACUCGUGCAUGAUAUGCCCAAGAUUGAGCAGCCAGCUUAUGCAUUUGAAUACGCCGAUGCCCAGCCUUUUCCCGAUGAACUGGAAGAGUGGUUCCAGUAUAAUGACUUCGAUCGUGUCAUGCUCAUGGGGACCAAGGCCACCUUCAACCAGAAAUGGAAUGUCUUUCGUCAGCAAAGCAAGAUAGCCACGCUGACAUCUUGGCUUGACGUAUCACAAGAUGUUCGCCGCACAUUUGUAUCUCAGAUACUCGGCGGCCUGCAGCAUGACGAUGUCGCAGUACGACUGGAAGCACUUGAAACCAUCUGUUACCUGCUGACUGGAAUUUGGGGCAUCACUGGUGGAAAGGUGGCUCCGGGUUACCCAUCACCGGAGAGAUCUCACACGUCGACUGAAGCUCCUCCAUGGAAAUCUUUGCAGAUCGAUUGGAUCGAAGACAAUGUCUCCCUCCUCCAGCAAUGUUCUGGAGUGACAGCCCUGAUUGAAUACAUGUGUCGACUCUUCGACAAAACUCGCUCCAACCUUGGGACGGACGUCAAUGGCAUGGAGCACGAGCGACUCAAUCCCGGUGACAUCACUGCCCCGGAGCGUGAAGCAAAUCUGCUCCUCACAAGUUUGUACUUUGUCGUGGAAGUGGGCCGCCGGCAAGAGGCGUGUUGCACUGGGUGCAGUCCCAUUCGCGAUACAUUGAUUGACUCAAACCCGAAUCUGCUGGUCUCUAUUGUUGAAAUCAUCGCCCGACUACGUUGGGAUGAAUCUGCCAAUAUCCCGCUUACCAGAAUUCUUCUUUUGCUCUGGAAAUCGCUCCUCCUUGUUUUCGGAGGGGUUGAUGACCUAAAGCGAGCCAAAGACGUUCUGGAGCCUUUCCAUUCAGCCAAUAGAGAUGAUACCAAGCGCCGGACUCCAUUCCUCCACGCCUCUCCCUUGGACUACCACGUCUUCCGCCAAGAAAUCACAUCGAAAUACCCGGCUUACAACCCUCCCCCACUCGCGGUUCCUUUGGAAUUGGACAACAACUCUAUUCUCCCUCCUCUUCCACACAACGCGAUCAAGAUGAACUCAUCGAAUGGCAUAUUCUGUGGCGUUGGUCCAUCAGUUGCUGGCGGCAAUGGCUCUAUUCUCCAGCAGUCUGUUCACAUCGCAACCCCGGCACCAUCCCCACCACCGUCGCCUGUCGGCCCAGGAGGCAAAGCCGGAAAGAAACAGAAUUACCAAACCAACCAAAACUUCCCUUUUAUGUACCCUCCAUUGGAUGACUCAAGUAACAGUAUCGGCGGGAAAGGCACCACAGAACGUCAGGAUACGUUGGUUGGCAAGCGUUGGGAAGGCAGUGAUGUUCCUGCAUCGAUCAUUGAAGCUGGAAGGCUCUUCUCCACGCACGUGAAGAUGACUCGUGCUAUCAGACAACUUUGGCAGGAACGCGAAAAUUUCAUGAUAUACGAUCGUGGUUGGAAUGCUGAGGAUGCUGCCCACUUCCCUGACGCCGAUCUAUCGGAUGAUUUUGAACAUUUGGAUCUCUCAGAAGGCGAAGAGACGCCUGAUGCUAAAUCCGAGCAGAAGGAGACAGAUGAUCCUGAUAUCCAGCGGCGCCUGGAUGCUGUUGAGCAUUUCUACGGCCAAACCUUGUCCUAUCUUCAAUCUAUCACGAUAGUUUUCUUGAAGAUUAUUUUGACGAAUGUCAGUUCGGUGGUCAGCCAAGCCGGCAGCUACAACAGCCAGAACAUAAGCAAUGGAAUGAACGGCUCACAUGAUCUCUUCUCUGACGCGUCUAUCGAUGAACUUGAUAAUAUCAGACUUCGCGAGAUCACCGGAAAGGCAGUCUCUGGAAUUCUGGUGCUUCUUUUGAAGUGGUUCAAGAGAUCUCAUAUUUUGAAAUUCGAAUAUAUGACCCAGCUUCUACUCGACUCCAACUAUCUCCCUCUGAUCCUCAAGAUGUUCGCCCACCAAGACGUCGAUCAGGUCGUUGCACAAAAGAAUGAUCGUGAAGACUUGUCGUUCUUCCACUUCUGCGCGAGUAACACAGACGCCCAGGAUAGCGAUGAUAACUCGGGCGGAGACACCGAGAGCGAAGACGAGGCCAUGCCACCUCCAAUCUCUCGGCAUCGCCCCAACCUGAUGCGCGGGCUCGCCUCCCCCAAGGAGCCAAUCACGAUCUUCUCCUUUCGCAAUUUCUUCUCCUCCAUCAACUAUCUGCACGUGAUGCAAAAGAUCACACGCAAUAAGGCACACCGCUGUCUCCUGCUUGUGCAGUACAAGUCCAGCAACAUCCUCCGCAAGGGCCUCAAGAUCCCAGACCCGCAUCUCCGCAACUACACCCUCAAGCUGUUUAAAUCACAGGUCCCGUACUGUGGCCGGAAAUGGAGACAGGGUAACAUGCGCGUCAUCACCGCUAUCUAUCUCUACUGCCGCCCCGAGCUCCGCGACGACUGGCUCGCCGGUUCAGACGUCGAUGCCGAGGUCGAAGAGGCAUUACCCCUGGAACAAGCUUUGCGCGGUCUAACCCACUGGUGGCAUCUGCGCCAGUACAAGGAUGUCAUGGGUGGCAAUGAGGGUACAUCGAUGAUGGAAGAAGAGCGCGAUUUCUUCGUCCGAGAGCUUGAGUCUAUGGGUUGGGGAUUUGCUGAUGACAUGCUUGGUGGUUCUGGGGAUGAUCAGGAUAUGGCGGGUCAGUUUGUUAAUGGGACUGAGUGGGAAGGUGUGCCUCUGCCCAUGGAAGGAUGGCCGUAG